AUAAACAUACAUGACGGUUUCAUGUUUUCUGUGGUUUCAGGAACCAACAAAUCCUUCAAAACACACACACACAGCUCCUGAACACACCUCAGCAGUGUUUGUCUGCAUCUACCAGGUUCUCGGGGUGCCAGGUUGGGCCCCGGGGCCCCCACGCAGCACCUUCCUUCUCCAGCCCGGCCGGCUGGCUGCAGGCCUGCAGGCAGGGCGUGGAGCCCGGGCCCGGGUCCUGGAUAUCCAUUUGGAACUCAUUAAAGAUCUCCAGCGGACGCGGGGGCCCCGGUCCCACCGUCCCCCGGGGACCUCGCACCGUCUGAGCUCAUUUACAGAGUGUCCUCUCCGACUGACAGCCGCUAAUUCGCAUUUGAAUUUAGGUCACAUUGAUCUGGGCCUCCGUCCAAAGCCGAGUCCCCGAGGAUCCCGAGCAGCCAGGCAGGCAGAGAGGCAGGAAGCAUCUUACUGUUCCUCCCCCCUCCUUCCUCCUUCCUCCCUCCUCCUCCUCCUCACCCCUCCCUCAUCUCACGCUGCGGUCGAGCGGCGGCGUGGAGAGACUUCAGGCCACAAACAGGCUGCAGCGCCGCAGGACUGCAGAAAACUGAACGUCUAUCUGAUAAGACAAGAUGUUUGAGGACGUUGUCUUCAUCAUCAUCUUUGAGAAACACUGAUCCACAUUUUAUAAUACUGAUUAAUCAAUAAGGAAAAUAAUUGUUAGUUGCAGUUCUGAACCAGGAAACCGUGGUUGUCUCCAAACCUGGAAAUAACCACCAGUAGAAGAUUAUUUUGCUGUAUCGUCUCCGUCCUCUGAGGAGCUGAGACAUGAAGAAGAACCACGUUAGCUGAACGCAUUUAGAGACUUUUACUCAAAAAAAGAUCCCAGCGACUAAUCUAGCAACAAACCUAAACACCAGUAACACCAGUAUCCCAGUGUCCAGGCAGUGGAGGACACAGCUGCAGACCUGGAGGGUCCAUGUAGGGAAGCUGGUUUCUGCUGCUUCUCUUCUAUCACACAGUAACUGAGCUUCAUUCUGCUCUGUGGAGUCUCAGCGUGUUCUGGCAGCCUGUCAGUGCAGUUAAAGGCUCAUAUAACAACACCCAGACCUCCAGACCCCCCUUCAUACCCUUCACUGUGGAUCCC